AUGAAACACCUCGCCGACACACUCGCCGCCAUCAGCCAGCCCCUGCGCGAGGAGGAGAUGAUCUCGUACAUCCUGGCUAGCCUCGGGCCGGACUACGACGCGUUGGUGACCUCUCUGACCACGCGCAACGACGACAUCACGCUCGACGAGGUCUACUCCCACCUCCUCGUCUUCGAGCAGCGUCAUGAGCAGCACGACGCCGAUCUCACAAUCGGCACUGGCGGGCCAUCUGCCAACUUCUCCGGGCGCCAGCAGGGUGGCCGCCCAAACUAUGGAGGAGGCGGCGGAAAUCAGCAUGGCGGAGGCGGCCGCGGCAAUAGCGGCCAGGGACGCGGACGCGGCCAAGGUCGCAGUGGUGGUCGUGGUGGACCACCUCAAGGCCGCGACAAUGGUGGACAAGGCGGGCAAGGCAACACUGGCGGCGGCGGCGCACCACGCCCGAUGUGCCAAAUCUGCAACAAGGUGGGCCACAGCGCGAUUCGGUGCUACCAGCACUACAAUCACGCCUACAACAACGACGAGCCGUCCGCCAACCAUGCUGCUACUGGGUACAACGUCGACCCUAGCUGGUAG